AUGGGGCCGCGUCCCGCCGCCCCCCUGGCCCUCCUGGGGCUGGCCACCGCCGCCUUCUCCUUACCGCUGCCCGACGCCGGUCCUCACGUUAACUACGGCUGGGGGGAACCCAUCCGGCUGCGGCACCUUUACACCGGCAGCAAACACGGGCUCUUCAGUUGUUUUCUGCGCAUCGGAGGAGACGGGCGAGUGGAUGCCGCCGGUAGCCAGAGCCCGCAGAGUCUGCUGGAGAUCCGCGCCGUGGCCGUGCGCACCGUGGCCAUCAAGGGCGUGCGGAGUUCCCGUUAUCUCUGCAUGGACGAGGCGGGGAGGCUGCGUGGGCAGCUCAGGUAUUCCACUGAGGAUUGUUCCUUUGAAGAGGAGAUUCGUCCAGACGGCUACAAUGUAUAUAAAUCAAAAAAAUACGGAAUAUCGGUGUCUUUGAGUAGUGCCAAGCAAAGACAACAGUUCAAAGGAAAAGAUUUUCUUCCACUAUCUCACUUUUUACCUAUGAUCAACACCGUGCCCGUGGAGUCAACAGACUUUGGUGAAUACAGUGAUUACAGCCAGGCCUUUGAACCAGAGGUGUACUCCUCGCCCCUCGAAACGGACAGCAUGGACCCCUUUGGCAUCGCCUCCAAACUGUCGCCGGUGAAGAGCCCCAGCUUUCAGAAAUGA